AUGAGUCGUCCCAGCGCGACACUCAAGGUGAUGUCUUACAACCUGAUGGGCUGGUCGUCCUUUAAUGCGAACUCCUGGAAGGGCGAAAACGUCCUGGGUAAGAUCAACUCCUGGGAGCCGGACCUGCUGGGCGCACAGGAGGUUGAGAAGGGCGGCUGGGGCUACCAGGAGGUGGAGGAGCUGCUCAUGUCAUCAACAGGAUUGACUUUCGCAGGUGGCAGUCAGUUCUUCAAGCCAUCGAAGCUCGAGAAGUUGGACCAAGACUGGACAGCCCUUGUUGGAGGGUAUUGGAUGUCAAUGGCCUUGUACAAGCACCUGGAUACAGGACGUGAGAUUUUGUUUUAUGACUCCCAUUGGAAGCACGGGUAUGGCUUGCAGCAGGCGGAAACGAUUGCGAACAAGAUCGCAGCAGACAGGACGAAGCACGGAUCACCACCAACGAUCCUCGUGGGGGACACCAACCAAUUCUGCAAGGGCCCGAAGACCGAGGCCCUGCGGUAUUUGAAAGGUGAGCUGCAGGGAAGCCAGGGCUUCUCACCAGUUGACCUCGUGGACGUCCAUGGCGAGGACCAAGGGCGAUCCUUCAGUGAUGACAAUAACCCGGACUGCAGGGUGGACUUCAUCUUGGCCAGCCAGGGGCAGUGGUCCGUCGUGCAGGUUGCCGUCGACAGAGGAGGCAUGGGUUCUUGGGGAUCUGCCAGCGAUCAUGCGCCCCUGAUUGCCAAUCUCAUCCCGCUGUUUGCUUGA